AUGGAAAGUAGGGCGAAUGAUGAAAGAGCUGCGGAUGUGAACUGUAGUCGUUUCAGUAGACCGUUAGUGGGUGAGUUUGCGGUGGAAAGGAAGUUUCAGAAGAUAUACACAGACGCGAAGUUUGUUGAAGUUCAGCUACAGUGCACACGCGUAUGCUAUGUUUCCCCCAUAAGUUCGAAACCGAUUUCUGACGUGGAGGUGGAACACCUUUUAUCAGACAAAGUGUGGGUGUGGUCCAAGUUUCUGAAGAAGGAAAUAUCCUUGUCCGGUAGAAAGUGUACAUAUGUUGUAGUCUUCAACAAAGAAACGUCAGUUGCGAAGUGUGAUUGCAAACACUUUGAGUGCCAUGGCAUAGUGUGCCGGCAUAUAAUCAAGGUAAUGGACGUGGAGAAUGUGGAAACAGUACCUGCCGCUUAUAUUGUUGAUCGUUGGAGGAAAGAUAUCCAACGUAAGCACACCCUUGUCAAGGUUGCGUAUCAUGAUCCAGAGAAGACUGAGGAAGUAAAGCGUUAUGACCAAAUUAUGAAUGCCAUAGAACCGGUUGCUUUGCGUAGUUCUCUCGCAGAGCAAAAACUGGACAUUGUUAUUGAGAUGAUUCAGAAAAAUGUGCUACGUUUGGAUGAGAGCGAUGUACUUACAUCAGCAGUGGGCGAUAACGAACGCGGUGGUGCUGCUUCUGUUGGCAACAGAAAGAGCAGCGAUGCACCUCUAACUCCUGGGUCUGUUAACAAACCCCCCAACAGUUAUGGCGAGGAUACACCAUCUCUAUCCCCACCUGUGGUUGUUAAGGAUCCUGUUACACGUGGUGGUGUGAAGGCCCACAGGACUCGUGAGAAAUGA